AUGGCAUGGAAUUGUAGGGGGUUGAACUCGUCGGAUGACCCUACAAUUCCAUUUCUAAAAUGGACCAUCCGUAAAUUUUCUGUUGAUGUAUUGUUUCUAAUGGAAACAAAGUCCAGUAAAGAUGUAGUAGGUGUAGUAGCUAGAUUACUUAAUUUUGAGAACUAUGACUUUGUAGAAGCAGUUGAUUAUGCUGGUGGUUUAGCUAUCUUUUGGUGCCCUUUUUUGAAAAUCUCAGUAGAAGAAAAGUCCACCAACUUUAUAUUUUGUAAGGUGGCAGAUGUAAUCAGAAAUGGCUUCAAUGAAUGGGAACUUCUUUUGGUGUAUGGUUCGCCGUAUGUUGAUGAAAGGGAGAAAGUUUGGAAUGGGUUAGAUGAUAUAAUGCAAAGGGCUAGUGGGAAGGUUUUAUUAAUGGGGGAUUUUAACCAAAUUGAAUUCCAUAAUCAAAAAAUUGGGGGGAAGGGGUCGAUUGUAUCUAUGAAAGAUUGGAUAGAGGAUAUGCAAGGGAUGAAUGAGUAUCAAUUAUACCCAGAAGCAAAUAUUUUAAACCUUCCAAUCCUAGUGUCUGAUCAUUCUCCUAUUAUCUUAGAUACUAAUGCUGAAAAGAAGAGAAGAAGCAGAACUUAUAAAGUUAAAAAUUGGUGUUUAAAUUUGGAGCAACCUAAGGAAAUUGUAGCAGAAGUUUGGAAUAGGAAAAUUGAUGGUUCCCCCAUGUUUAAAUGCUCUAGAAAACUGCAACAAGUUAGAUAUGGCCUUUUCAAAUGGUGUAAGAAGUAUCAGGUUGAAAAUAACAUAGUUUGGGAUGACAUUGUGGAGGACUGUGUAAAUUCUCAAAAGCAAAUCAAAAUAUCUGAGGAUGUGCAUAAGGCUAAAGAAGUUAGAGAGAAUGGGAUAAAGCGAGCAAUGAUUAAGUUGGACUAUUGGAAACAAAGGGCAAAAGGGAAAUGGGUGGCGUUAGGGGGAUAG